GGAAUGCAAAUUGAGCCAAAUACCUCUUAAUAAGCUGGAUUGAGAUGUGAUUGGUCCUUCCUGGAGGCUGGCUAUAGGAACACUUAGUCAUCGGCGCUCAGGAGAUCUCUUUGGGACCGGGCACAAACUUGGCUGUUUAUCUUCCAGCUCUUUGUGCCUGGGAUUAGCUGGCGUACUUGGGCUUUACGAAGCCCGACGCAGUUUGACAAAAUAUAAUCCCAGAUCGGCCGCGGCCUCUCAGUUUAUGAAAAACAGAUGUCUUCAUGUGCUGGAACUUCACUCGGGAUGUAAAUUACCAACUAGAGAACCUUUUGGACUGAGAACAUUGGGUUAAGACAAUUCGGAAUCCGGCCAGAAGGGGGGUUUUCCCUCCUCUUGUCUAUUUUUACUGCGUAACUGAUAGCCAUCCGAGGACCGACCUUCCUCCCACCUUCAGUCCAUCCCUCUGACUCUGAAAUAGGAGGGGACAAAGCAGCUUCACCUUGAGAUCCCAUCAGAAGGAGAGAUUGCAGCUGCGACCCAAAAGCAGAGGGAGAGAAAGAAGGAAAGAAGACAAGAGGAAUGUCUCAUGAUUGUCUGAUUGAUUUUUCACAAAAUCAGCAUACAACUCUCCCGUAGCAGACAGGGGGACGAGGAGGAGAGAGAGAGAGGGAGAGAGAGAGAGAAGAUAGCAACAGCUUUCUCCUGGGGACUUGUGUAUAUGUGCUUUUUCCCCCAUAAGUGCACAGCAUCGUGCAGGGUAAAAGGAAUCAGGACCCUUAUGCCAAUGGUCUAGGAUGGCCAGUGAAGGUUCUAACAUCCCCAGUCCUGUGGUGCGGCAGAUUGACAAGCAGUUUCUGAUUUGCAGUAUAUGCCUGGAACGUUACAAGAACCCCAAAGUACUUCCCUGUCUGCACACUUUCUGUGAGAGGUGUUUGCAGAACUACAUCCCAGCGCACAGUUUAACCCUGUCGUGCCCCGUGUGCCGCCAGACCUCCAUCUUGCCAGAGAAAGGGGUUUCAGCGCUCCAGAACAACUUCUUCAUCACAAACCUGAUGGACGUGCUGCAGCGAACACCAGGCAGCAAUACAGAGGAGUCUUCCAUCCUGGAGACAGUCACAGCUGUGGCUGCGGGGAAACCUCUUUCUUGUCCCAACCAUGAUGGAAAUGUGAUGGAAUUUUACUGCCAGUCUUGUGAGACUGCCAUGUGUCGAGAGUGCACAGAAGGGGAGCACGCCGAACAUCCCACUGUCCCACUCAAAGAUGUGGUUGAACAGCAUAAAGCUUCCCUUCAAGUCCAGCUCGAUGCUGUCAACAAGAGGCUCCCAGAGAUAGACUCUGCACUUCAUUUCAUAUCUGAAAUCAUCCAUCAGUUAACCAACCAAAAGGCUAGCAUCGUAGAUGACAUCCAUUCCACCUUUGAUGAGCUCCAGAAGACUCUCAAUGUGCGCAAGAGUGUGCUGCUUAUGGAGCUGGAGGUGAAUUAUGGCCUUAAACACAAAGUCCUUCAAUCACAACUGGAUACUCUGCUGGAGGGACAGGAGAACAUCAAAAGCUGUAGCAAUUUUACUGCUCAGGCUCUCAACCAUGGCACUGAAACGGAAGUCUUGCUAGUUAAAAAACAGAUGAGCGAGAAGCUCAAUGAACUUGCUGAUCAAGACUUCCCUUUGCAGCCGCGGGAAAAUGAUCAGCUUGAUUUCAUUGUAGAGACUGAAGGACUUAAGAAAUCUAUUCACAACUUGGGGACUAUUUUAACCACCAAUGCUGUGGCCUCUGAGACGGUUGCUACAGGUGAAGGCCUGAGGCAGACUGUGAUUGGACAACCCAUGUCCGUCACUAUAACAACUAAGGACAAAGAUGGAGAGCUGUGCAAAUCUGGGAAUGCUUAUAUCACUGCUGAACUGAGUACUCCUGAUGGCAGUGUGGCCGAUGGAGAAAUACUUGAUAAUAAAAAUGGUACUUAUGAAUUCUUAUAUACUGUACAGAAGGAAGGAGAUUUUACUCUGUCCCUGAGACUCUAUGACCAGCAUAUUCGAGGCAGCCCAUUUAAACUUAAAGUGAUUCGUUCAGCAGAUGUGUCUCCUACAACUGAAGGGGUCAAGAGGCGUGUUAAGUCUCCAGGAAGUGGUCAUGUGAAACAAAAAGCUGUGAAAAGACCUGCAAGUAUGUACAGCACUGGAAAAAGAAAAGAGAAUCCCAUUGAAGAUGAUUUAAUCUUUCGAGUAGGUACCAAAGGAAGAAAUAAAGGAGAAUUUACAAAUCUUCAGGGGGUAGCUGCAUCUACAACAGGAAAGAUAUUAAUUGCAGACAGCAACAAUCAAUGUGUGCAGAUAUUUUCCAAUGAUGGCCAAUUCAAAAGUCGUUUUGGCAUAAGAGGACGGUCUCCUGGCCAACUACAGCGACCAACAGGGGUAGCUGUUCAUCCUUGUGGGGAUAUAAUCAUUGCAGAUUAUGAUAAUAAAUGGGUUAGCAUUUUCUCUUCUGAUGGAAAGUUUAAGACAAAAAUUGGAUCAGGAAAGCUGAUGGGACCAAAAGGUGUGUCCGUGGACCGCAACGGACACAUCAUAGUGGUGGACAACAAAGCAUGCUGUGUGUUCAUCUUCCAGCCCAAUGGGAAAAUCGUGACCAGGUUUGGUAGCCGAGGAAAUGGGGACAGGCAGUUUGCAGGUACACUCGAUGGCCCUCAUUUUGCAGCUGUUAACAGCAACAACGAAAUUAUUGUUACAGAUUUUCAUAAUCAUUCAGUCAAGGUAUUUAAUCAAGAAGGAGAAUUCAUGUUAAAAUUUGGUUCUAAUGGAGAAGGCAAUGGACAAUUCAAUGCCCCAACAGGGGUAGCAGUGGAUUCAAAUGGAAAUAUCAUUGUAGCAGACUGGGGAAACAGUAGAAUCCAGGUUUUCGAUGGGAGUGGAUCAUUUUUAUCCUACAUUAACACAUCUGCUGAUCCACUUUAUGGUCCUCAAGGCUUGGCUUUAACUUCGGAUGGUCAUGUUGUAGUGGCAGACUCUGGAAAUCACUGUUUCAAGGUCUAUCGAUACUUGCAAUAACAUCAGGCAUCUGAGUAACCCUACGCCACUGUCCUGUACUAUAACCUGGAUUGGAUUUCUCCAUGCAGAAGCUAAUUACAGCUAGAGUGAGUUCAUUUUCAUGUCUGAGAGAAUCUCCAUUGGAUUUGUUCACGGUUGUUUUCAAAUGUAACUGUUUACUUAAGACUAUAAGACUGCUCCUCUGAUUUCCAUAAUUCAUCUUUAGUGUUUAAAAAAAGAAAACUCUUUCCCCAAAUCCUUUAAAACAGCAGAAUCUCAAACCUGCGAACUUUGGCUGGUAGAACAGAAAUUUACGUCACUGAUGACUCAAUUUUGCGAAUCAAACGAAUCGACAUUUUGGAAAAGCUAAAAUAUUGAAGACGUUUAUUCAACCUGUGAAUGGUAGCUUUUGCUCAGAGCUUCCAGAUACAAAACUUACUGUAGGUAUAUGUUAUUUAACUCAGAUAUAAAAUCUGGGAGUGUUUUAGACCUCAGCUUUCAUGGUAUGUAUUCCUCGUGGCAUUCUUCAGUCAUCGUCAUCGGCAACUAUAACUAAAUAGGUUCCUUUUACAAAAUAAGGCUGCCUUGCAAAAUCCUUAUUGCUCUGAUUCUCGGGAUCAAGAUGCCUUGAUAUUAGCACUAUAAGAAUCAAUGCAAAUUUCCCAUUUAUUUGGGAUCUGUUGAUCAAAGACCUUUUCUGUGUGUUCUUUUCACAUUCUUUUGCUCACCUGGUAGCAGAACACAAAGUAUGCUUGCAGGAGGGGCACCUGAUAUUCCUAAGGCUUUGAAAUCAUUGUUACACUAUAGUAGUUAAUGCUACCUUUCAAUAAACAAAUAAUCCCAUUAAUACAAAAUGAACAUAUUGGGUUGUAAUAAGAAAAAAAAAGCCAGUUCUUCCAUGUGUGCCAUGCUCCCAACUUUAUCCUUUGGUCACUCCACAAAAAUGUAAUCUCUGCCUUCCUCAACCCAUCAGCACAAAUGGUAGAACACAUAGUAGCGCCUAGGACAGAGAGCCAUACAAGUAGCCCUUGAAGGACAUGGGGUGGUCAGCCAAAGGUGUGUAAGUGAUCGAUGAAUGGUUUCAGCAUUCAAAGCAAGUGUUACCAAAGUUGUGUUACCUUGAGAACAUUACAGGUAAGAGCAUAUUAUGGUUAUUUAUUGCUGUCUGAUGAAUAGAAAGGUUAAGGGAUUCUGUAUACAUGGUUAUAGGAUAAGGUAGAGUGUAUUAUAUAUAUAUACAUAUAUACAUAUAUAUAUAUAGCCAAGUAUUUGAUGAUGUAUUGAAGUAGGCAGCACCCUGAAAGAGGAGACCAUCCUCAUAUUAGUCUUUUUGGGUACAUUCCUUUAUUUCCCAACUUAAUUUAAUCAUGGGACAUAAUCCCUUUUUUGGAAACUUCUAAAGAAGAAAUUUGGGCCAUUUUUCCCUGAUGGUGGUAAUAGCCACCUUUUAGUUAAAAAGAAAACUUUUGCAAUUUUUGAAACAUAUGAAACAGUUCAACUCAAGGUUAAUCCAUCUUAAGCAAUACUUUCAGCAUAAUUAGCUCAAUGGUUAUAAGUAUCACCAUUAUUUUUUAAAAUAAUUCUGUUAUGCUCUCUUAAUUUUCUAUUUAGUUAUAGUCAAGAUGGUGGCUAUGUGAAAGAAUAUUUGGGAGGGUUUUUUUAAGCACCUUAGAUUUUUUUUAUUUUUUAAAAUCUCCUAUCUGUACAACUAUUCGAAAAUGAUGUUUGUAGCUUUUUAUUUUAAGAACUAAUCAGUUAUCUUACAGAAGAUUUUUCUUUUCUUUCUUUCUUUUUUUCUUUCUUCUUCCUUCUUUUUAUCUUUCUUUAACCAUUUUACUCCAACCACUGAGCUUAGUAAAAGACUUUUUUUAAAGGGAGAUGUACUUUGAGGUUUGGUACCUCUUGUUUAGGUGGAAUUUCUAAACUUUGUCUUUGUUUUGAGCCUACAAGGUAGUUGUAAAAUUCAAUAAAAACUUUUCAGAAUGUUCAAUCACAAUACUUUUUUCCAGAAUAUGGGCAGCAAGCCUUACAACUUUGACUUUGGUUUGUCCUAAUACUCUGCAGGUCAGGGAGGACAGACUCACCACAGUUCUCACAUUGUUUUUAUGCCUCAAAAUGGGUACAAUUAAAUUAACUUUAGUUUAUCCCAGAAUAUAAGAGAAAAACAAAGCCUUUAUAUUAAGCAUUUUUCACAGGCUUUCAGUCUUAGGAAUAUUUUGCUUAAAGAGAAUUUUCUAUUUGUAUAAGAUUUGAAUUAUGUUCAUGAACUAAGAAAACAUUAAAUCCAACUAUUCAUUUCACUUCUGAUAUGGAAUACUAAUCCUGGAUCUAAGCAAUGCUUUUUACCUGGCUUAAUACUACCUGGAAGAACCUAAAUGCUUGUUUAGGCCCCUUGGCUUUGUUUAUAUUCAAUUGCAAUAAUAGUACAAACUGGAAUGGAAUUUACUAGAAACUAAUUCUGAUCUGUCCCACAAUCUAAAUGUUGCUUAAAAAAAAACAUAUCUUUUGGGCACUCCAGGAAACACUAAGUUUUAAAUAUAUAUAUAUUUAUACUUGUAUGUUGAAAUAUAGAUAUCAUUUCCUCCUUGAUGUACAUGUGUGCAUUUACUGUAUCCCUUUUCCCUGAAACAUAUUCUAAAAGUGCUUCUGAUCAAAUACUAAUGAGCAAGAUUUAAAUGUAUAACUGUCACAUCCUAAACAAAGUCAAACUAUUUUUGGUAUGCUAUGAGAAAGAUCUAGAGAGAUAUUAGGACCCUAGGGUUCUUUGUUUUUUUCAUUGUCAAGUAUAUGUGAUAAUGAUGAGGUUACUUAAAGAACCACAAAUUCAGAUCUUUCCCCCUUUCUCUCCCCCCACCCCCCACUUAGAAUAAAACCUUGCCAGUAAUUAGUAAGAAGUCCAUGAACAAAGCAAUCUACCAUAGCCAUCCUACAGAACUACCCUGCUUGACACAGGGAGACCAAACUGUCACUUCAUUAAUCAGAAACUCUUGGAUUACAAGCUUCCAAAAACAAAUGUUUGAAGACCAAAGUGUGAAAAAUCUGCAUUUUUUUUUUUUAAGAAACUUAAUAUUUUUAUCCAAAUGUUUUCCAGUAAUUAAACAACUCCCCCCCUACCCCAGUUGCUCAUCUUUAGUUAAUCACUAGCCGGUUGUCAAAAGUUCCUGUUCUAAGUGCUAUUGACUUUACAGGGUAUGUAUAAUCUAGUUGACUAGAAUACCAGCUGAGAAGUUGGUCUAGUGGAGCACCAGCAAUGCAAGGCUUUAAUAUGAAGGCUUUAAAGGGCUUAGCAGGCUGUACUGGGGAGACUCUAACUAGGAUAAAUUGUUAGGAUCUUGUAACAUCCAUUCUGAUCCCUAGUUCCUAAAAGAAUGAAGAAGAAAAUGAAGGGAAAAUGCACAUUUAUUUCAAUCAUACACAGGCAUUAAUGAAUUUUUACAUAGGUUAAAAUUUCAGCAAUUUUGCUGCAAAUGUUUCAUGGUAAACAUUUGUUGCAAACUUCUGAUAUUUCUUCAAAACAUGAUGCUGUCAAUACCAUUUGCAGGGCUUUAAAUUUUAUAUUUUUGUUAAUAUUUUUUAUAACAAAGGAUCUAGUGUUGCCAUAAUGGAAAUGAAGUGCCCAUUAAAGAUGUGUUUAUUAUAAAGAAAUGAUUUUUUUUUUGCUUUGCUUUUGAAUGACAGCAAACUACCCAUUACAAUAAUGUAACUAACUCCCAAUGCAUUCUGAAGAUAAAUAGUGUGCACUGCUCGUGAGGUCUGCAUGUGAAGAUGAUAUGGACAAAAUUAGCAUCCUAGAGUAGAUGGAUCAAUGGGCUAUGUUGUUCAAAUGAAUGUAAAGCACUCGAUGUUUGUAAAAAGCAACCCGGCCUUACUCUCAGUGCUUCUGCUCUUGCUUUAUGACGUGGGAAUGUUCUCUCAUCAGCAUCGGUAGCGGAAACCUGUGCCAGAGUGCUAGCUCAUUCUCCACUUUGGACCCUUUUCCUACUCCUGGGAACGAGGAUGUGAAGGGAUUGUGUGAGCGCGUGUGUGUGUACAUGUGUGCAAGUAUGGAUGGAUGCGUGUGCAAGUAUUUGGGGGGGAGGGUGGGUGUUUGAACAUUCCAUCAUUAUUCCAUGUUUUAUGUACAGAACAUAUAAUGUCUUGCACUCUCUGAAGUUGAUAUUGAAAUAUUCUCAUUGGUUCUCUUACAAAACAAAAUACCGACUGCUUGUUUCAGGUUGAGAAUGGAAACUUGUAUCAAAAGUGUGUGUGUGUGUGUGUGUGUGUGUGCAGCAUUAUGUGUGCCACGGUACUUUGGAUGCUUUAGUCUACAAAUAAAAACUUUAAAUUUAUUCUGUCAUGAAAUAUAGAAGAAAUAAAGUUCAAAUGUGUAUAUUGACCGUGCACAAACUCUCAAAAUGUUAUAAUAAAGCUUGUUUCCUCUCGGUU